AUGUGUGUGACAUCCCCCUGCUCUUCCCCUCUGGUAGAUGCCAGCUGGUUGCCCAUAUAUGAAGAAUCAGAAGAUGCAGUGGAUUUCAUCCUGGCCUUUGUCAGCAGCCUUGACAAGGACACCCACAAGUUCACAUUUCUGAAGAGCACCUACGUUGUGUGCAAAACUGCCUUGAAACGGGGCUUGACCAGGGGCCUGGAUUUAUUCUGUCAAACGUGUGAAGUGGUUGAGAAUAUCAAGGACCUCCUGGACAAAGAGCCAAGGGACCGUCUGUCCUCCAAGAUCCGCUACCUGGCCAUGAUUACCAUUGAAGAAUUAAGCUUGGUGGAGAAUGUGCUGGAGGGCAAAACCAAAAUCCUCCUGUCUGCAUGUUUCUCAAGUGUCCUCCUGCUCCCCUCAGAAAGGGAAAUGCCACACCAGAACACUGCCCUCUACAUCAAGACGCUGAAAGCCAUGGACACAAUGCUGAGGACAGUGGUGCUCAGCUUUCCUGCUUCCAGCGUCAGCAAGGAGCUGCAGGACAUCUUUGAGAUGCUGCUGGAGUACACCAGGUUUGAGAGGGAAGCUGUGCGGGAGAGGGCUAUGGGGAGGAUUGCUGUCCUGACCAAUCUGCUGUCUAACUAUUCCACUCUGAAGCCCUCUGUCAACUUUGGAAGAGACAGUUCUGGACCUGUGCGCCCUGAGGACAUCUCAUUCCCAGCCAUGGGAAGGCUGGUGGGACGUCUCAUUCUCUUCCGAUAUUCCGGGGAACAAACAAGCUACACAGCUUUCCACGCUCUGUUUUCCCUUGCUGAAUUCCUCUACAAGUCAAGACCAAGGGAUGGGUCAGAUGUAUUCUCUUGGGAAGCUUUGACCACCUCCUCACUGUGUUACCUGAGCAUUAUAGACUGUACCCAGGCCUUUGGAAGAUACCUCCACUCCAGUGAGAGGACAGAUGUCGUCCUUGAGGCCAUCGAGGCCAUGAAAGAUCCCAGCAUCCUUAACAAGGAUGUGCCCUGCAGUAUACUGGAUGUGGUCAUGGAAGACACAGACUUCUGGGUGACAGAUGUGCCCAAGACAGUGAAGUGCAUUUUUGAGAACCUGCUAUACGCCACCACAGAGGCAGGCUGUGUCAAAGUGGAGUCACUGUUUCUCCUGAUGACCACCCAGUACCCCUCGGCCGUGGUCAUCAGCCUGUGUGAGAUGGCUCUUCAGGGAGACAGCACUUUGCAGGAGCUGUGUGACACUCUGUCCUCCAAGCCUGACAUUCUGGACAAGUUCCUAGCAGAGUUUGCUACCUUGCACCGGAACCAGUGGUGCAACCCUCCCAGAGAAGGCACCCGCGCCUCUCACAGAACUUCAUCCCUGGGGCAGGUUGACUUGGAGGAGUUGGGUGAGGAGCCCAACGUCUGGAGCAAUCAGGGAAAUCCCGAUGUGAUGACGGCCUUUCUGAUGCUGGAAGUCCUCCUUGGACUGUCAGAGAGAAUGGAGAUGGGAAAAAAAAUUGAAGCCUUCCUGCCAAGCAUGAUGAAGAUACUGGAAGUUGGCAGUGAAGAUGAGAAGCUGAAGAUAAUUGAGGUCUUUCGAAAUGUCCUGAGUCAGCUGAAGAAGUCAAAGGCCAGCUCCAUUGCUGUGGCACUGGUGGGGAAGAUCCUGCCCCUCUUUGACUCGGAGAGCGUGCGGCUGCGAGAGCUCUCCCUCUGGCUCCUCAGAGACCUGGUGAGGUCUGUGGCGAGGAGGGAUGAGAAGAAGAUGAGGAAGCAGGUGCAGAGUGCCCUGAUCCCGCUGCUCUUCCGUGUGAAUGACCAGGUCCCCAGUGUGGCCAAGGCAUCCAGGGAAGCCCUUUUUGCUGCUGCAGAGCUUCUCAAAUGGAAGCAGCUCAAGCACCUGCUGCAGAAAGAGCGGAUGUGGGAGCUUGCAGAAUGCUUGAUAAAGAAGAGGAGGAGCAGGGUUGAAAAGUUCAUGUACCAGAGCCUGCCCUACCUGAGGGACCCUCAGUCCCCUGUGCGCCUGGCAGCCGUCAGGUUCAUUGGGUGCGCCACGAGGCACAUGAGGGACCAGGACAUAGAGACCCAGGCUCACAUCCUCACUGCCCUUCAGCCCUUGGAGAGAGACAAGGACAUCUCAAUCAGCUCCCUGGCAGCCCACACAGGCUUGCUCCUGAGAGCUCCAAGGGUGCAGAGAAGAUCGAGUGUCAUUCUACACACACUGUGCUGCUGGUGUCGGUGAGCUCAGCAGAGCUGAAGCUGUCUGUGCAUUAAUAAAGCUGGAGAAACACAUCCAUGGUAUCCUUCAGAUGUGUAGUGCUGAGCUGACUGUGUCCUCCUUGGCCUGUCCCACAACCAGUGGGAUGCUUCCUCCUCACACCCCUGCCAUCCCCAAAUGCCCCACUUGGCCCCAAAUUGCAGGCACAGGGCUCUGGAUUUUCUGCAGAGGGUCUCAAAUUGCAUCCCUGGUACCCCAAAAUGUUCCUGUGGACCUUGAAUUGUAUCUGCAGAGCCCCACAGCAUCCUCGGCAGACUGAAUUGUACCUGCAGAGCCCCACAGCAUCCUCAGCAGACUGAAUUGUAUCUGCAGAACCCCACAGCAUCCUUGACAGACUCCAAAUUCCAUUCAAUGUAUUUCAGAAUGCCCCACUGAGUACUGGGGUGCAGCUGUGGGGCCCCAAAUGGUCUCUGG